AUGGAAGUGCACAAGACGUUCACGUCCAUGACGCGCACCGUCUCCUCCACGUCCCUCCGCGAGCGGCUCAGCUCGCUCAGUAGCCUCACCGCGACCCCACUCAACCCGGUCGCGAACCUCCAUGCUCAGAUCGAGUUCGUGCCAUCAAAAAUCCCGAGGAAACGCAGGCUGCAGACGUUGGCGGUCGCGAUAUGGUCGACGACGAUCAUCUGGCACGUCUUCCCCGUCCCAGAGACUCACGAGGCGCCCUUCACACUCAGCUCCUUUCCGCCAUUAUGGCCAUUACUCGCUGCAUAUUGGAUAUGGAUCGCGUACGUCGACAAGAGCCCGGAGCACGGCGGGCGGCUGAGCCCGUGGUUUCGCUCGCUCCGGUUCUGGAGAUAUUUUGCAGAUUACUACCCCGCGUCGUUCUUGAAGACGUGCGACCUCCCGCCGGAUAGGCCGUACGUGUUCGGAUACCACCCUCAUGGCAUCAUCGGAAUGGGUGCAAUCUGCACAUUCGCGACCGAAAGCACAGGCUUCUCGGCCGCGUUCCCGGGGAUCGUUCCGCACCUGCUGACACUAGCAUCGAACUUCCGGGUGCCGUUCUACCGCGACAUCAUCCUCGCCAUGGGCGUCUGCUCCGUCUCGAAGCAGUCGUGCUCGAAUAUCCUGAAAGGUGGCCCGGGCCAGGCGAUCACGAUCGUCGUCGGGGGCGCAGCGGAGAGCUUGUCUGCGCAUCCGGGGACGGCGGAUCUGACGCUGAGGAAGAGGCUAGGGUUCAUCAAGAUCGCGAUACAGCAUGGAGCCGACCUGGUUCCCGUGUUCUCGUUUGGGGAGAACGACAUUUUCCAGCAGAUGCCCAACGACAAGGGCACGACGCUGUAUACGCUGCAGAAGAAGUUCCAGAACGUGUUCGGGUUCACGCUCCCGCUGUUCCAUGGCAGGGGACUGCUAAAUUACAACUUGGGCUUGAUGCCAUACCGAAGACGAAUCGUCGCAGUCAUCGGCCAGCCAAUACACGUGGUGCAGUGCGAUAAGCCGACGCUGGAGGAGGUCAUACACGUGCAGCAGCAGUACAUAGACGAGCUCAUGCGGUACGUCGCGCGCCCCUCUUCGCCCCGCCGUCCUGUCGUUCUAUCGCCCUGUCGCCCUAUCGCCGCUGCUGGCAGAUCGCUCACACUGCGCAUCGCGGGGCCCUGCAGGAUCUGGAACACCUACAAGGACGAGUUCGCGAAGACGAGGCUGCGGGAACUGAACAUCGUCGAGUGA